CUGCUACUGCAUAUGCAUGCAUGCCGCAGUUAAUGCGGUGGAAAUUUGGCACUGACCUCCCCCGUCACCUACUUGUUGCUGCUCGGCAUUAAGCUCGAUCGAUCGUCUCCUCCCUCCUACACACGGCUCUCGAACCCUAUAAAUCCGCACUCGCCACUGCUCACACUCCUCCAUCGAUCGAUCGCCAUUGGAGCAGCUGGCUAGCUAGCUAGAGGUGGUAGCAGCUAGCGAGUACGUGUUGGUUUACCUAGCCUAGCUCCUUGCGUGAUGCUGCCAGCAGCAAUGGUUCGAGCCAAGACGGUGUGCCGCCGGGUCAUCGGCCACCUCCCGCACCUCGUCGCCGCAGCGGCGCUCGUCGUCGUCGUGGCGCCGCGGCUGUCCCAAGGUCUCCUGAGGGAGUUGGGCGUCGGCGAGAGCGUCAGCGCGCCGGCUGUGGCGGUGGCGGCGUGGGCGGCGGCGGUGGCGGCGUGGGCGUACGCCGUGUCGCGGCCGCGACCCGUGUACCUGGUCGACCUGUCCGGGUACCGGGCGGGCCCGGCGCACGAGGCGUCCCGCGCCAAGACGAUCGCGCACUUCGGGCGGUGUGGGCGGUUCAGCGACGAGAGCAUGGCGUUCCAGAAGCGGAUGCUGGAGCGGUCGGGCCUGGGGGAGAAGACGCACUUCCCCACGUCGCUCAUCACCGUCCCCGUUGACAUGUGCCUCCGCACGGCGCUGGAGGAGUCCCACGCUGUCAUCUUCGGCGUCGUCGACGACGUGCUCCGCAGGACCGGCGUGACGCCGGGGGACGUCGGCGUGCUCAUCUUCAACUCCAGCCUGCUCAGCCCGACGCCGUCCUUCACCUCGCUCAUCGUUAACCGCUACGGCAUGCGACACGACGUCGUCAGCCACAACCUCAGCGGCAUGGGGUGCAGCUCCGGCAUCAUCGCCAUCGACCUCGCCAAGCGACUGCUGCAGGUGCACCCGGACACGUACGCGCUGGUGGUGAGCACGGAGAACAUCACCCUCAACGCGUACAUGGGCAACAACCGCCCCAUGCUGGUCACCAACACGCUCUUCCGCGUCGGCGGCGCCGCCAUCCUCCUCUCCAACCGCACCGCCGACCGGGGGCGCGCCAAGUACCAGCUUAUCCACACCGUGCGCACCCACCGCGGCGCGCACGACCAGAGCUUCUCCUGCGUCACGCAGGAGGAGGACGACACCGGCUGCGUGGGCGUCUCGCUCUCCAAGGAGCUCAUGGUGGUCGCCGGCGAGGCCCUCCGCACCAACAUCACCACGCUGGGGCCCCUCGCGCUGCCCAUGUCGGAGCAGCUCCGGUUCCUCGCCACCGUCGUGCUGAACCGCGUCUUCCGCGCCAAGGUCCGCGCCUACCUGCCCGACUUCAAGCUGGCCUUCGAGCACUUCUGCAUCCACGCGGGCGGCCGGGGCGUGCUGGACGAGUUGGAGCGGAGCCUCAAGCUCAGCGCCUGGCACAUGGAGCCGUCGAGGAUGACGCUCUACAGGUUCGGCAACACCUCCAGCAGCUCGCUGUGGUACGAGCUCGCCUACUGCGAGGCCAAGGGGAGGAUCCGGAAGGGGGACCGCGUGUGGCAGAUCGCGUUCGGGUCCGGCUUCAAGUGCAACAGCGCGGUGUGGAAGGCGCUUAGGACGGUCGAUGGCGGCGAGGACGGCAACCCGUGGACGCCGGAGCUCGACGAGUUCCCCGUCGACGUGCCCAAGGUGUCGCUCAUCGACGAGGCCUCGUACAAGUUCCCGGACCAAAGUUAAUUUAGCUUCUCAUCGAUCGAUUACCAGGAGCGUACGUACGUGCUGCAAGCGUCUCGAUCUCUUAUUAGUUAAUUACACUACAUGGUUUAAUUAAGGAUCGAGCAGCGCCAUUGAUUAUUUGCAGGCCUUUAUAUGAUGAUUGUAUUGGCCUUAGUUGAUUAGGGCUUCAAUUUGUUGUUAUAUAUGCCAUGAUUUAUCAUGUAAAUCUUUAUGAACGACUUGCGAGGAAUUAAUUUGGAUCCAUCCAUGCA